AUCCAGUCACGAGGUAUCUUGCCACCUUUAUCUGCUUAACCUUAUAAAUCUGGAACCCUCUCACAGAUGCAUCAAAUUCACAGCAGAUUGAGAUUGAAGCACCACCUUCAUGAUGCAGUUGCAGGCAGCUCUUUCCCUAACACCUCCUCCAUCAUCAUGCUCCCUCCUAGUCCUCCCACCAACCAAGCAAUUGGCUUUCCCAAUACCAACCAGGUCCAUCCCAAGGCACCCCGCCCUAAAAUCCAAGGCCAGUGCGGUUGGAAAAGACCCUUCAACUGUCGACUACACUUCCACCUCCUCUGUUUUUCCAGCAGAGGCUUGUGACACUGUUGGAGGGGAGGCUUGUGAUGUAGAAAUGUAUCCUGAAGUAAAGCUAAAACCAGAGACCAAGAAGGGGAGUAGUGUUUCAGAGCCAGUUGAUAGAGAGUAUCUACAAUAUGACAGUCCCAAGACAGUCUUUCCAGGAGAGGCUUGCGAUGAUCUUGGUGGUGAAUUCUGUGAUCCAGAGUAUCAAAAAGGAGUUUACUAGAAUACCUUAUUGGGAACUAGGACCUGUAAACAAGGGUUGAGUCCAAGGUCGUCUUUCAGUUCUUUUCUUUUUUCCCCCUCUUUGCUGACUUUCUCUUAUGCUUGUAAAUGAUUAAUGACUAUAAACUUCUUCGAUACCGCUCAA